AACGUCGCAUAGAGCACAACGAACGAGAAGAGCACAAUACCACCCAAUUCAAAUUCAAUCUCUUUUUGUUUUGUUCGUUUCAUCAACGUUUUGUUAAAAAUAUUUUCGUUAAGUUUAAAUUAAGUUCCCAACCAACAAAAAUAAAAAAAAAAAAAACACUCUCGAUUCUACCUUCGCACAAUAUUCGAUGUCUAAGUUUUAUAGUUCAGUUCGAUUUUUGUAUAAUUUUUGGCUUUGCAAUAUUUGAAAAAAAAAGUGAAAACUCUUAAGAAAAAUACAGUUUCAAAAAAGAUUUUGCAAAAAAAGUGAAAACGUGAAACCCACAAAAUGGCUGCUGUACAACAACAAACGCAUCAUCAAAAUCACCACCACCAACCGGCUCUGCACCACAACAACAGUCUGCAGGUGUUGCAUGGCCACAGUUUUGGUGGCAUGCCCCAUGGCCUGGGUUUAUUGACCACUGUGGCAUCACUACCCCCAAAAUAUCGUGCCCGCUAUUUGAAAAUCCAAACCAAAACUGAGAUUCCUUUGGAUUUAUCGGUGAAGCCAUUGUCGCCACAAACCAACCACACCACCAGUCCCCAAACCACACCCAAUCCCGAAAGUGAAGUACCAAUGGCGGUUAAUUUUACCGAAGUCUAUACCGAUCCCUGCUCCGAUACCCAAUCCCAGGCCAGCGAAGAUAUUGUGGAGGAAAUCUGCUCUAGUUUGGCCAAUGCAGAUUCCCAGGUGGAGGACCGACAGCACAAUAAACCCAUUACACCACCCUUGACACCAUACCACAAGAGGAAGUUCUCUGAAUCCGAUUUGGAUACCGAGGUGGAAUUCAAGGAAAAUCAACAAAAGCUGGCCAAAUUGGAAAAUAUUUCGUCAGUGCAAAAACAGCCUUUGGUGGAACAAACCCCAGCCAAGCAGCCCAUUAAGACUUCAGAUACUGCUCCCAAAACUUCCAAAAAUGCCGCGUCCCAACCGAAAUCGUCACGCAGCCACAAGGCUACACGCAAACUGAAAUUUGACGAAGAAACCAGUUCCCCGGUAUCGGGUACCAUUAUACGCCCCCUAGAAGAUAUAACCGAUGGUUCAGUGCAAUAUAGUAAUGGUGACAUUGAUCCGAAGUACAACAUUGUGGAAAUAACCGAAGAGACUAAGGCCGAAUUGGCUGCCAUCAAAAAUGUCAUUGGCGAUUAUAUCUGUCGCCUGUGUCGUAUUAAAUUCGAUGAUGCCUUUGGUCUGGCCCAACAUCGUUGUGCCUGCAUUGUUCUGCUGGAGUACCGUUGCCCGGAAUGUGGCAAGCAAUUCAAUUGUCCUGCCAAUUUGGCCUCACAUCGCAGAUGGCAUAAGCCACGUAAGCCCCAGGCGGCUGGAGAGAAUUUGCAGGACACAAAUGUUGCAGCAACAACAAAUCGUGAAAAGAAAACAGCCACCAAGAAAUCGGAAAAUGAAAAUGCUGCCGAAGGCAAUACCUCCUACGAGUGUCAAGAAUGUGGCAAGAAAUUCAAGCGCCAGGCAUAUUUGAAGAAACACGAAAUGACCCACCAAAAGAGGCAGAAUUCGCCACAAACUGCUGUCGUUACACCUGUCAUACAAAGUCUGAACCCACACGAUGGAAGUCCCCAAGCUUCACCCAAUCGCGAAGAAGUUGUUUAUGUUACAAAUUCCUCAAAUUCGUCAUCUUCUGCUGUUGCUGUUCAUCACGAUGAGGAUCAUGAUGAGGACGAUUCCAUGUCAGGUUACAGUACCACCUCUUCGCAUCAUUAUGGCCGUUUGCAAAUUGUGGAAACCGGUCUGACCGAAGAGGAAAACAUUGCAGCGGCAGCCUUAACGAAUUUACGCAAUUGUGCUUCGGUAAUACAGCACACUACGUUGGCGCAUUAGUUGGCCUGAAAAUGAAGCAUAGUUUUAGGGAUGUCUGCAAUGGAAGGUGUCAUUACUGGCAAUCAAGCAUUAAACGAUUUACCUGAGGUGGAUGAAGGUGGUGUCAUACAUUUGCAAUAACAGGUGAAAUGUAUGUUUAUAUUUUAUCAAUCAUCUAA